AUGACAAAUAUACUGUACGGAUGUGCAAAAGUGCCGUUACAAAUUAACCAGACGGAACGUUUUACAGCAGCCAAUCUUUACGUAACAUGGUCGCCAUGUGGUCGCUAUCUAGUCUACGGUGACAAGGAAGAUCGACUGCAUGUGAUAGAUGGGAGAUCACUGAGCACUUUGAAGUCAUACGAUUCAAAGACUGAAAUGAAUGAAUUUGCAUAUCAUCCUAGUGGAAAGUAUCUUUUUGUAGCUACAGGUCAAGGACGAAUGGAAGUAUUCAAGUAUGUUUUGACCAUCGCGUUCUGUGAAUGA